UCUUUCUGGGUACGUACGCAGCCCGGUGGAGAGAGCAGCGUAGACGUGUCGUGUCGUGUCCCAGGCACCCCGCUCCGCGACGACGUCUCUUAAACAGUCUUUGUUUCAUCUUGAAAUCGGACAUCGAAAGUCGUCGUUGUCGUCGUCGCUGUCGUUCACACAAAAGUUUCAAAAUUAUCGAGUGCAAUCGAAACGGAGUGCAGUUUUUCACAAUUUGCCGUGGAAAGUGGAAGAGUGGUCGGGAAAGUGUGCAUAAAUGGCUUUCCCGUCGGACGCGUAAUCGAGGAGCGAAGUGCAAGUGAAUGUUUGGCAAAGAAGGCUGUGGCGACCCUUCUCCCCGUCUGUGAGCGGAGCAGUCGUUGAAUCGUUGACGUUUUCGUUGCCGUCGUCGUUGUGUCGACGCUCUUGACGUUUUCUGCCCUCGGAGCGCAGUGGAAAAAUCGCAAACGUCAAUUCUGGCCCCCGGACGUCAGACGUGCCAGCGAGGAUUCUGCUUACAGAGUUUUGCAUUAUUUUUCAUUUAUUGUGGUUAGGAAAUAAAACUCAAAAUUGAUAGGACAAACAAGAAGACUGCUGCAACUGGUGCCUCUGCCGAGGACCAGCCGCCGCGCAAAAAAGCCCGUAAGUGCUUGUCCGUGGAAGAGGAGGCAGCGUUCGGGUCGGGGACGGGCCGUGCGAGUGGAAGUGGGUCCGCAGCGUCUUCCUCUGGAGCAGCAGUCGACGUUGUAAGCGCGGACGAUCACGACGAGAACGCAGCAUCGGCCAGGGCGCAGCACUUGAAAGAGACCAGCCUACAGCAGACAAAGGCGGACGGCAAGAGAGCAGCCCAGGGCGCGGAAGAAGGGGACGGGCCCGCGAGCACGUCUGCAGGACCUCGGCAGCCUGAGGACGCCAACAAAAACGACAGCACAAUGCAGCAGCCAGGCUCGAACUCGGCAGGCAACCACAGCUCCGAGGCCAACGGCCACGCAAUCGACGAGGAGCGCGACUCGCAGAACGGGGCUACCAGCAACGGCUUCAGCGAAAUGACGACCCCGAGUCGCGUGCACCUCGACAAAACCAACCAGGACAUCGUGCGCCUCGUUGGGCAGUACUUGAAGAGCGUGGGGCUCGACCGGAGCGCCAGCCUGCUCAUGGAGGAGUCCGGCUGCAGCCUGGAGCACCCAGCGGCCACCAAGUUCCGCGAACACGUUUUGUCUGGCAACUGGACAAAGGCAGAUCACGACUUGCGGGAACUCGAUCCGCUGCUCGACUCGAAACACGCCAACAUCCCGGAAAUGAAGUUUCUGCUGCUGGAGCAGAAGUACUUGGAGUUCCUGGAGGACGGGCGCCCGCUCGACGCGCUCCACGUCCUCCGCAACGAACUGACCCCGCUGCAGCACAACAUCAACCGCGUGCACCAGCUGUCGUCGUACAUGAUGUGCUCCAACAACCAAGACCUCUACCAAAGAGCCAAUUGGGGCGGCAAGGGCAUCGUCUCCCGAUCUCAGCUCAUGGAGCGCCUCCAGACGUAUCUGCCGCCUUCCGUGAUGCUCGCGCCCCGUCGACUCAGGACGCUCCUGACGCAGGCGGUGGAGCUCCAGACCGAACGCUGCCAGUGGCACGACAUGGCCUGGGAGACGAGCCUCGACAACAUCUCGCUGCUCACGGACCACUGCUGCUCUGUCGAUGGGUUCCCCAUGCAGGCCCUGCAGGUGCUCAACGACCACUGCGACGAGGUCUGGUACUGCAAAUUCUCGCCGGAUGGACUCAAGCUCGCCACCGGCUCCAAGGAUACGACGGUCAUCAUCUGGGACGUUGACCCCGUCAAGUCGGUGGUCAAAUUCCGCAGGACGCUGGAGGGCCACACUUACGGGGUGUCUUUCGUGGACUGGAGCCCCGACUCGAAGCAUUUACUCGUGGGCGGGCCGGAGGAGUGUCCCGAGAUCUAUUUGUGGAACAUUGAGGACGAGAAGAUGGUGGUAAAGAUGUCGCACGCGAUGGAGGACAGCCUGACGUGCGGCGUGUUCAACAAAGACGGCACCCGGUUCGUUACGGGCGGCGUCCGCGGCCAGUUCUACCUGUGCGACUUGAGCGGGUCGAUCCUGGAGAGCUGGGAGGGCGUCCGUAUCAACGGGCUCGCCUUCCGGUCCGACAACAAAACCGUUCUCGCUGCUGACACGCAUCACCGCAUCCGAGCGUAUAUCUUUGACAAUCCCCGCGUGGACUACAAAGUGGUCCAGGAACAGCAUCCGAUCAUGACGUUCAGCAUAAACUCGGCCGACCGCCUGGCGCUGCUCAACAUCGCUACUCAGGGCCUGCACCUGUGGGACAUCGAGAACAAGUGCCUGGUGCGCCGGUUCCAGGGCGUGAGCCAGGGCAACUUCACCAUCUACUCGUGCUUCGGCGGCGUGCACGAGAGCUUCAUCGCGAGCGGUAGCGAGGACAACAAGGUGUACAUCUGGCACAUCAAGCGCGAGGAGCCGCUGGCCAAGCUCACGGGGCACAAGAAGACAGUGAACUGCGUGUCCUGGAACCCGGUGUAUCCGUCCAUGCUGGCCUCGGCCUCCGACGACGGCACCAUCCGCAUCUGGGGCCCCAAGUCACACCAGCUGAACCACACAUCGGAGAGCGACGAGUGCUCGUCGUGCUCGUCCACGUCCUCCUGGAAUAUGACUUCGUAAUCAGUAGACAGAAUCCUAGACGUAAGGUUUUUAACAAACAACAAACAAAUACAAAAUGGUUUUAUAAAUAUUCGAGGAGAUUACUAUAUACACCACUAAGUAGCAUAUUUGAACAUUGAGCGAUAAGAGCAAGUUACGAAGCGCGUGCGGGCCCGCUCCGGACGGGCCGUUCGUAACGUAGUCUAACGAGAGUUAAUUUAAUCGUUAAGAGUUGUGCGAGUAAUUAUUACGAACAAGUGAGAAAUGUGUCCGUUGCGCGCGCGCCCUGCCCGGCCAACGGAAUGCUGUAGGGUUACUUUAGGCUUAAGUAAAAGCGUCUUUACUGGAAA